AUGGUUUCGUACCCCGAAAAAGUUGAUCACUCCGCUCCUCCUCCUCCACCAACCUCGAGUACGUCGCGUCUGUCGCAGUCCGGUCGCCGGCACCGACACGGUCGUUCUCACCAUGGCGGUUCAUCCUAUCAACCGCAAAACGAUUUCCCUAUUUUUGCCCACACUGGCGACGUUGAAAUAGUCAUUUCUGCCAAUCGCCAGGUGCAGCGCUACCUACUACAUCGUUUAAUCUUGUCCCAAUGCUCGGGGUUUUUCGAAGCAGGCACAAGCGAGGAAUGGUCGCCAAUUCAAACGCAGAAGGAUAUCCCCGGCGUUAUUGAUUCGGACCCAAGCCUACAGAGCGUGCCAGAGGAUGGAUCGUCUAUUUUGUCCGGGAGGGGCAGCAGUCUACAUGGCGCUCCAGCACCACCAAAGCAGAGAUGGCGAUAUGAGUUGGAUUGGCAGCAUAGAGAGGAGGAUGAGGAGCCUAUUCUAGUACAAAAGCCUCCUACGUCUGAGCCCAUGCUCGCCGGAACAAACUUUGCGCAUCCUCCACCUCAGUCAAUAACGAAACCUACAGCACCGCGGGCGGGCUUCUUUCGAUCGGUCGUUAAUCUAACAGCCAUGCACUCUACCGUACAUAUGCCUUCCAGUGGCGGCGUUCCAGAUGCUGAAAUGGACCCCCUCCUCCGCGACUAUGAUAACCUUUUCCGAAUCUUCUACAAUUUCACUCCGAUCCUAAACAGUGUGAACAUUGCAACUGCAUACGCCGAAUCGAAGUCUCUUCUCAAUUUAGCAGACAUGUACGAUGCGCUUCCGGUGGUUGGGUCGCGUGUCGAUCACCACCUGCUGCGGUUUUCCUCUCGACUAUUCAAGCAAAUCGCUAAAUAUCCGCCCAGCUACCUAAAACUGGGCUACUUGGCUCACAGCCGAGUCAUAUUUUCCGAAGCUCUAAUUCAUGUGGUUGGACAAUGGCCUGCAGCACAGACUCAGUUACGGAACGCCUCCUUUUCGCCUCUACCCAACUCCGUCUUGGAAUUGAUCGAAGACAAGGUGGAUGAUCUCGAAGAUCUGAAAGCCCGAGUUGAUGCCAAGCUCUUCCGCCUCACAUUAACGACCUCACGGGGUGAGAGAGUGAGCCCGUCUAAUGCAUACCUGGACUGGCUUGCUGUUUCUCUUUUCCGACAGUGGUUCGUCGAGAAUACAACCCCUCCGCCGGCGCCGAUAUUGAAAAACACCUCCAGUGGUGCUGCGUCAAGCAACGGUGCUUCUUCGCGACACUCGCCCGGAACGGCUGUUCCCUCAGGCCGUGUCUAUCGACUGAUUGGUUCAUCAUCGUCGGAAGCAUAUCUGCCACGCGACGAGCUGAAACGGUUUCUCAAACUACGGGCAUCGUCUUCGGCAGAGCCUCUUUAUACUCGUGACGGGUUCAAGCGCUUCGAACGCAAGAUGGAUGAAAUCAAACGUCUCGCGAGAGAGAUCGUCAAGCCACUGAUGCGGAACUUUCUUGAGCUGGAUCUCAAAGGGAGCGACGGCGGUGGAGGAUCGGGAGGAAGCGGUGUUGGCGACGGCGGCAUUGGAGGAUUGCCCUAUCUAACCUGCACCAGGGUGGAAGAAGUCGACCUCCCGUGGAGGUGA